ACAAACAGCUCCUGGACAUCAGAACUGGCUGUUACAUGGUCUGAGAGAUCCCACAGUGCAAAGUCCUGUCAGCAGCCCUGUGAGCUGUUAAAACAUUUGCAUGCCUUCAUACAGUCGAUAAUACAGGCCACUGACAGUCAUGUAUCUCCAAGACUGCAGAAACCAAAAAAGGCCAGACCUGACAAGAAAGAAGGCAGCACCGAUCACUAUCAGUCAGAUGAUACUUUGUCUGUCUCUGGUGUUUACGCUGUAUGUGGGAACCGCCAACGCUCGUUGCUUAAGGCCUCGCUCUAGGGAGAUGCUCUGUGGCUCAGAACUGGUGGACAUGCUACAAUUCAUCUGUGAUACCAGAGGCUUCCAUGUCAGUAGACCUGGUACAGUCCGCAGCAGAUCCCGGCCUGGGAUAGUGGAGGAAUGUUGCUUCUGUGGGUGUAAUUUUGCUAUACUGGAAUCGUACUGUGCUGCUCCCAUUUCUAAUACUACUAAUAAAGAAGAACAAAAAUCUUAAAGACCUAUUGGUUUUACUUGCACUUGACAUUGAUUCCAGAAUGAUCAUGGAAAUCCAGUCUAUAGGGACUUAUAGCUGCCACGGAUAAGUGCAAUAAAUGGGAAACAACUGGGAAGAAAAUCUCACAAAAUAAAGGGAAAAGAGAAUUCUCCUUAGCCCGUUCCACCCCGUGUGAUGAAGAUGUGUUGGCCAUGCUGUGAAUAUAAUGAAUGCUGCUACGGACUUGUGAUGUGUAGGCUGUGCCCCAGUUAUUAGGCUAGCCCAUAUAAAAUUAGGCUUCCUUCCUAGUUUAAUAUGUGUAAUGUCUAUGGAAUAUUGUUCUUCCUUAUACUGUCCUAGUUUAAUAUAUGGAAUUUCUAUAGAAUAUUGUUCUCCAUUAUAUUGUCAUGUUGUAAGGUACAACUGCCUUUUAACCCCUCCCUUCUUAACCUCUGCCAUAGUAUCUUUUUAUUCCCAAAAUACUUUUAACUACUCCCAUUAAAUUUAGAUUUUCCAUAA